AUGGCUUUCCAAUUAAACGUCAAGACCUCUGCUUACCACUCUCGUUUCCAAACUCCUUUCAGAAGAAGAAGAGAAGGUAAGACUGAUUACUACCAAAGAAAGAGAUUAGUCUGUCAACACAAGGCUAAGUACAAUACUCCAAAGUACAGAUUGGUCGUUAGAUUCACUAACAAAGAUAUCAUCUGUCAAAUUGUCUCUUCCACUAUCACUGGUGAUGUCGUCUUGGCCGCUGCCUACUCUCACGAAUUGCCAAGAUACGGUAUCACUCACGGUUUAACUAACUGGUCUGCUGCUUACGCUACCGGUUUGUUGAUCGCCAGAAGAGCCUUACAAAAAUUAGGUUUGGACGAAACUUACAAGGGUGUCGAAGAAGUUGAAGGUGAAUACGAAUUGACCGAAGCUGUCGAAGAUGGUCCAAGACCAUUCAAGGUUUUCUUGGAUGUCGGUUUGCAAAGAACUACCACUGGUGCUAGAGUUUUCGGUGCUUUGAAGGGUGCUUCCGAUGGUGGUUUGUACGUUCCACACUCUGAAAACAGAUUCCCAGGUUGGGAUUUCGAAUCCGAAGAAAUUGACCCAGAUUUAUUGAGAUCUUACAUCUUCGGUGGUCACGUCUCCCAAUACAUGGAAGAAUUAGCCGAUGAUGAUGAAGAAAGAUUCUCUGAAUUAUUCAAGGGUUACUUGGCUGAUGACAUCGAUGCCGAUGCUGUUGAAGACAUCUACGCUGAAGCUCACACCGCUAUCAGAGCUGACCCAGCUUUCAAGCCAACCGAAAAGAAAUUCACCAAGGAACAAUACGCUGCUGAAUCCAAGAAGUUCAGACAAGUUAAAUUGACCAGAGAAGAAAGAGUUGCUCGUGUUGCUGCCAAGAUCGCUGCUUUGGCUGGUCAACAAUAA